UACUUUCAGUUGUGUUUGUACCGACGUGUUCUCUGCUGUUUGCAGCUCGACGGGCAGCAUGAGUGAGUUCAAGUACUCCCGUCUGGACUUUGCGUUCACCUGCUCGGGCCUGCCCCUGUUCCUGAUGGACGUGGUCCUGGACGCGUUGGCCGUGGUGAAUUUCUACCAGGAACGGGCCUACGGCAGCCUGGCGGUGCUGCUGGUGCUGCUGCUGGGCUCGUCAGUGCUGGUCCAGGUCUACAGCUGGCUCUGGUACAGCUACGACAACUUCCACAUGGAGACCCGGGUGGAGCGCAGCCUGAGCCGAAACCAGCUGGGCCUGGUCCACCUGCUGCAGCUGGGGAUUUACUUCAGACAUGCCGGCGUCCUGGAGACUUCUAUCAAAAGCUUUUGCUCGAAAAACCCUCAAGGCCAGGCGGUGUUUCUGAGCCACGACCUGACCAUGCUGAAGGUCUUUGAGACGUUCUCGGAGAGCGCCCCCCAGCUGGUGCUGAUGCUGACCAUCAGACUGCAGGAGGGUCGACUGGACGCCGUGAACGUGCUGAAGUUGGUCGGCUCGGCGUUGGCCAUCGCCUUCUGCGUGACCACCUACCACCGCUCGCUGCGCUCCUUCCUCCCCGACAAGCAGAAGCAGCUCUUUGUUUCCUCCCUGGUCCACUUCCUGUGGAACCUGCUGCUGAUCUCGUCCCGCCUCGUCGCCCUCGCCCUCUUCGCCUCCGUGCUGCCCUGCUUCAUCUUCACCCACUUCAUCUGCUCCUGGAUGCUCCUCUUCUUCUUCGCCUGGAGGUGCCAGACCAGCUUCAUGGAAAGCACCGGUGGGGAGUGGCUGUACCGGGCCACCGUGGGCCUCAUCUGGUACUUCGACUGGUUCGGCGUGGUCGAUGGCCGCACCAGGAAUAAGACUCUGCUGUAUCACAGCUACGUGCUGCUGGACAUAUCGGUGCUCUGCGGCGUCUGGUGCUGGAGGAUGAUCACGGAUGCUACCGAUGCUGCGCCUCCUCGCCUGCAUCCUGCCGUCCCUGCAGCCUGCGUGGUGGCGGUUUACAUCUUUGGCCUCCUGGUGAAGGUCGUCUAUUACAAAUGCUUCCAUCCGAACCUCCGCAAAGAGGAGCUGAAACCGGACAGGAAGGACGAGGUUGACACUCGUAUGUUCAGGAUGGCAGGAGUUGAGCAGGAAGUUGCUCAUGGCAAUAAGAGGAUGAGGAAGCUGGCUGAGAACUUCUACACCUGAUCAGCUGACAGGAACUGCAGGAAGUCAUGCAGAAGUCAGUGGAUCGCUGUUUUAAAUGAAGAUCACGAGUCUGUGGGCUCAUGAAGGAUGAUGUGCUGCCUGAAUAACCACAGAUACUGAGGACCUGUUUGCUCCAGAAAGAGCAACACUUUGAUGUCUCUGGACACAACAAGAGUAUUACAUCUUCAGCGUGUCACUUAUGUGUAAUAGAAUCUAGAACACCAGCAGAAAUCUGGCUUUCUGAAACACUUCUGAGCUGUGAAGUCCCUCUGAGCCCCAAAACCUGCCACCAGGUUUGUGAACAUUAUCCAUCUCUACAUCGCUUAAUCCUCACUAGGGUCAUGGAGGGCUGGAGUCUAUCCCUGCUGACUCAGGGUGAAGG